AGCCACACUAGGCUAAACACAUUUUUGUUUUGGCUAACAAUUUUCCUAUUUUCUUAAACUUUAUAACUUAAAUAUGAGUUUGGCCAACAUAAAACAGAAAGAAGCCAAGGGCAAGAAGAAAAUGCUACCCAAGUUGCGCACUAUUCUGGCCAACCCGUAUAAACAGCACAGCCCUGUUUUGUCGGAUGAGGAAGUUCAACAGUUUUGUCAGAUCUUUCAAAAGGCCAGAGAAAAAAGCGCGGGAGAAACAAAAUCGUUUGCUUCUCGAUUUGGUAUUAAUCUUGGCCUGGCAAGCUCCCUGCGUGCCAUAAACUCCCAGCGUUUUUCCUGCUUGCUAGUUUCUUUGAGCCUGCGACCAGCCCAUCUGAUCCGUUUAAUAGCCACCAGUGCAUCCGUCAAGGUUUCCACGGCGCCCAUCUAUGCACAACCCAAACUGGAGGAGCUUACUCAGGAAAUCUUUGGGGUAAAGGCAGUUUGCUUGGCCUUACCUUUGGAUUUAGGUGCUAUAAGUACGGAGCUGGAGCAGUGGGUUGCUGCCCGACAGAGGAAAGCGCCACCUGCCAAAAAGAUUAUACCUAAAAUCCACAAGAAACUUAAGAACGUGCCAAUAUAUACCCAACCAACCGAAGAUACAAAGGAGAAACCUCUUCCAAAAGUGGAAAAAAAGGAUUGGGAUGAUGAUUUCAUAUCCUUCUCUGCGGAAAAACCCUCUAUAAGGCUGGACCGCGAGGAUGUCCAGGUGGAGACCCAAAAACUGGGCAAUGCGCUCAGCAAUUUGGCCAUGAAAGGCAAAAGUAAAAAGGUGGAAGUGAAAAAAGAGAAAUCCCCACUUCUGGAACCCAUGGAAGUGGAGCAAAUUGUUGAUGCAGCGGAGCCCGAUGAAGAUGACUUUCUGCCCAAAGAUCUGCAGACCUAUCGACCUCUUACUGUCCACCAAGUUCGUCCUAAUCCCGACAAAAAACCCAAAAAGAAGCGAAACAAAAAGUCGAAUCAGGCAAACAGCAAAUCCUAAUAAUAGUUGGCAACGCGACCGCAUCAG